CGACAGGUGAGUACGCAGGCGCGUCGACGUCACGUCACGCGACCGGGCUGGUGCCGGGGGAAGAGCCUGCUGAGGGAUGCCCAAGAAGUUCCAGGGCGAGAACAGUAAGUCGGCAGCUGCCCGAGCACGGAGGGCUGAAGCCAAGGCGGCAGCUGAUGCCAAGAAACAGAAGGAGCUGGAAGAUGCUUACUGGAAGGAUGAGGACAAACACGUGAUGCGGAAGGAGCAGCGCAAGGAGGAGAAGGAGAAGCGACGCCUGGAGCAGCUGGAGCGCAAGAAGGAGACGCAGCGCCUGCUGGAGGAGGAGGACUCACGCCUAAAGGGCGGCAAGGCCCCGCGGGUGGCGCCCGCCAAGGUCACCCGCGCGCAGAUCGAGGACUCGCUGCGCCGGGAGCAGCGCGCGGAGCCAGUGGAGAAGGCCAAGAGCCACCUGGAGGUGCCGCUGGAGGAGAACCUGAACCGGCGCCUGCAGGAUGAGGGCAGCGUGGAGGCGCGCACUGUAGAAGACGCCAUAGCUGUACUCAGUGUUGCAGAGGACGCGGACCGGCACCCAGAGCGUCGCAUGCGCGCAGCCUUCACCGCAUUCGAGGAGGUGCAUCUGCCACGGUUGAAGCAGGAGAACCCCAACAUGCGGCUGUCGCAGCUGAAGCAGCUGCUGAAGAAAGAGUGGUUGCGCUCCCCGGACAACCCGAUGAACCAGCGUGCGCUGCCCUUCAACGCGCCCAAGUGACGGAACCAGGUGGAGUCCAGCUUGCCAGAGUCAGCUGUGCCCCUCCAGCCAGGCCCGCCGGGGGAUCCGUAGAGUUCCAGGCCUGGGGCUCUCCCUGCUGUGACAUAGGUCCAACAACCCAGAGGAUCCCCGCUCUGAGCAACAUCCCAGCCCCUGUGCGCCCUGCGGAGCCCAGCUGAGCACCCGCGCAAUAAAGUCUGUGGCGAGGCUG